UCUCAUUUGACUUGUGAGUAUGGAGGAUUUUAUCCUUAGUAAGCACAGAGUGCCAGCGAAUUUACACUGAUGCUUCAAUUAAAUCUGAAUUCUGAAGAUAAAGGAAAUAAGGACCCUGUGAAAACUAAGAUCGUCGCCCUCCUUUUUAUAGCUUUUCUAAGGAACAAGAGUGUAUGUCUUGAUGCACGCUGCAGCUAAACUUCUUAAUGUACUCUGAGGUCGGUCACCUGAGAGAGGAGCAAGGCUUUUGAACGGGGUGGUCGCACGUGUUCUGUGCGAGGCAGCAGCUGGAUAGGAGGGAACGAUGCUGUGUGGAUGCUGAUGGGGGGAAGCUGGAGUGCGAGAUUGUACCUUGUUAGGCAGAAGAGAAUAAAAGAUGGAGAUUUGUUGACCUGUGGGUGUUGAAAAGCUUAUAGGUCGCCACUUACUGACUUGGGCUUUGAGAAGACCGUUGGAGGAACCGCUGUCGGGACCCGUUGGGAUUCCUGAGCUACACGUGACAUGACCCGAUUCUUCUUUUCCCUUGUUAUUUAUGUCACUGCAAAGGGUCUGUAAGCACAAACAGACCAAAAGGGAACGCUGCGUUUGUAUUUAUGUAACGCAAGGGCCAGGAAUGUUCUGGUGCUACCAUCCACUUACUCCGGGGAUCUCUUCAAUUUGGUAACUGCAUUGCAAGAGGCAUGAGACUGAAGUGCUCACGCUGGCGCUGUUACCAUGGGUGAAGAUGGACGUUUCGGGAUACUUCAGACUACCUGUCUGUCCCCUGGUAAUUAUAGAAUGUAUGCUGGAAGCUCCUCCUUCGAAGAUGUAUUUAUGCAAAAAUUCUCAGGCUUGGCUCGUUCUUCUGGUGUCUCCAGCGAAGGUCCUCGUGAGCCGCUCCGGCAGAGACAGGGACUGCUCAGCUGCUGUGCCGUGGCGGAUCCUGCAACCGGCGGUGCAGCCGUGGCCUCUAGCCUGGGCACGCUUCUGCCGUGAGCCAGGCCAUGGACUUUGGACAAGGGAAAAACUAAAGAGUGUUUCAGUGACAUGGAGAGAAGAAGGAGAAAAAGGUCCUGCGCGUGGGCUCAGACAGCCUGGAAGCGCCGGCAGCAGUCAGCAGGAGGAGAGUGUCGCCGGGAUGUGCCGCUGCAAGGCCGAGAUAACCCAGCUCCUCGUCUUGCCCUUGGCUGCUAGGGUCUGCGUGCAGGCGGAGCUCUCCUGGCGCGGGGCGCUGCACAACGCCAUGCGCAGCCGUACCCCGAUGGCCGAGCGGAGAAAUCUGCGCUGCCGUGCUGUACGCUCGGUACGAGACACGUUUCUGGAUCAGUAAUCUAUCAUAAUUUUGUUGGACAGAAGGGAGUAGCACCAGGUUUCUUUCUUCUGGAGGAGAGAGAUUUUGAUUAAUUUUUCCCCUUCUCUUCAGGGUUAGCACUUUGCAUUAUAUAUGUUUCAAGGCAGGGAAAUUGCUUGCUUGACAGCUGUGGAUAAAACAUGAAACUUUAGAUAAUGUUUUAAAUUCACCA